AUGGAGCUUCCACUGUUUUGGGCGGCCGAAUUACCUUAUCGGUACAAUAGGAAACGUAAUCCCGAUGUACUGAGUAAACAGAAGUCCAGCAAACAAAGUGGAAGUAAAUUCAAGCAAAAUUUGUCUUCAUCUUCGGCUACUGCAGAUAUUAGUGCAGCGAUUGCUGCACCUCAGAUCGAUGGAAUCCAACUCACUCAGGUUGUCGGUCCCACAUGCGUGGAAGAAUCCAGCACAUCCACUACUGCACCCUUGGUCGAUAGUCAGUGUCAUAAGCAAUCCACAAAACGGGCGAUUGUGGAAUCGGCUGAACCAGACCCGUCCUAUCGGCUUGUAAAACAAUGUCUGACAUCCAAGCCCCAGAUGUCGAUUGACUGCGAAGUGAUCGAGGUAAGGCACAAAAAUCUGUAUGCACUCAUUCCAUGCAUGCCACGCUUUGUUCCAGCGCAUCCGUAA